GUUUUUACUAAUACUACUAUCGAUGGUAUACUUUGGUUCAUCCUAGCAACAAUCAUCGAUGACAGAGUCGAAACCAGCUGAGGUCCCUUGGUACAACGCCUUCCCGGAGCCCAAAUGCAUCCCCGAUGGUAUAUCAGCGGAAAAAUUACACUCACUGCUGCUCGAAUCGACGAAUCUUAAUAAUGUCUUGGUUGUAGAUGUCCGCCGCACCGAUUUUGAAGGAUCUUUUAUCAAAGGCGCUAUUAACCUCCCAGCACAUUCCUUCUAUCCGACUCUGCACGUUCUGAUACCCAUUCUCGCACGAUAUCAGCUCGUCGUCUUCCAUUGCAACAGCUGUAAGCCCGGUGGUCGCGGGCCCCGUACAGCGGGCUGGUAUCAGGAUGAACUCGAUAGACGAGGGGUGACAGAGAGCCGAGCAGUCAUUCUCGAAGGGGGUAUCAAAGGCUGGGUAGAGAAGUACGGAAAUGAUGAGCUUACUUGUAAGCUUUGAGCAUUGGUGCAAGGCGACGAUAUGUACUUCAAAAUUGCAUGAUACAUAAUGUACAGCUGUUAUACAUUCUCCGAGAGAAAUUACGCGUUAGGAACAUAAG